GCAGCUGCCGCCAUCCCGCUGGCGAGGAGGAGAGAGAGGCCCGCCCGCUUGCCGGUCGGGCCAGUGUGGGCUAGUGCGUGAGGGCGCGGGGGGCCGUGUCAGCGAGACGCAGAGCGCAGCCGCCACCACCAAACGGACAUGUUGGAGCCCAGGGCCGCCGCCGCCUCUUUUUCCUUAUCCUCCGAACGGGACUGAGAGGGGGCCCGCCACCCCGCCGCCUCGGCCGCCCGCCCCGCCGCCUCGGCCGCAGCCUCUUCCUGCCCGGCCUCCAGCUCCGCAGGUCAUCGCCUCCGCCGGCCCCUCAGGCCCGGCCGGUUCCCCGGCCCCGCUCCGCCGCGGCGCGAGGUCUAUGUGACCGGCGGGCCCGGAGCAGCCGCCGCCGCAGCGCGAACAUGGACGCCGUCAACGCCUUCAACCAAGAGCUCUUUUCACUUAUGGAUAUGAAGCCUCCCAUCUCUCGAGCCAAGAUGAUUCUCAUCACGAAAGCUGCUAUUAAAGCUAUUAAGCUUUAUAAGCAUGUAGUUCAAAUAGUGGAAAAGUUCAUCAAAAAGUGUAAACCAGAAUACAAGGUUCCGGGAUUAUAUGUAAUCGACUCAAUUGUGAGACAGUCUCGUCAUCAGUUUGGAACUGAUAAAGAUGUUUUUGGGCCAAGAUUCUCUAAAAACAUAACUGCCACAUUCCAAUAUUUGUAUCUUUGUCCAUCUGAAGAUAAGAGUAAAAUAGUUCGUGUGCUGAACCUUUGGCAAAAAAAUGGAGUAUUCAAAAUUGAAAUCAUUCAACCGCUUUUGGACAUGGCAGCAGGAACCAGUAAUGCCGCCCCAGUAACAGAAAAUGUUACUAAUAAUGAAGGUUCACCUCCACCUCCAGUUAAAGUUUCUUCUGAACCCUCACAAGCCACUACAAACUCCAUACCAACUGUACCACAGUUGCCCAGCUCUGAUGCUUUUGCUGCUGUGGCCCAACUGUUUCAGACAACUCAAGGUCAACAGCUUCAGCAGAUCCUUCAGACUUUUCAACAGCCUCCAAAACCACAGUCUCCCGCCAUUGACAAUGCUGUGAUGGCUCAGGUUCAGGCUAUCACAGCUCAGUUAAAGACAGCUCCUACACAACCACCUGAACAAAAAGCUGCUUUCCCCCAACCUGAACAAAAAACUGCAUUUGACAAGAAGCUACUUGAUAGAUUUGAUUACGAUGAUGAGCCGGAAGCUGUGGAAGAAUCGAAGAAGGAAGAUGCUGCGGCCGCUGCUGCCGCCGCCGCCGCCGCUGCUGCGACCGCCGCUGCCGCCGCCGCCGCCACCACAGCACCUGCUGCUGCUGUUGCGCCCCCUGCAUCUGCUGCUGCUGUACCUUCUGUUGCUGCGACUGCUGCUUCUCCUCCACAGGCACCCUUUGGAUUUCCUGGAGAUGGCAUGCAGCAACCAGCAUAUACCCAGCACCAAAACAUGGAUCAGUUUCAACCUCGAAUGAUGGCAAUACAGCAGGAUCCAGUGCACCAUCAGGUUCCACUUCCUCCUAAUGGACAGAUGCCAGGAUUUGGCCUUCUUCCUACACCUCCAUUUCCUCCCAUGGCUCAGUCUGUGAUUCCUCCAACUCCACCCGUGCAGCAGCCUUUCCAAACUUCCUUUCAGGCACAAAGUGAACCACUUACACAAAAGGCACAUCAGGAAAUGGAAGUAGAACAACCUUGUAUUCAAGAGGUUAAGCGGCACAUGUCCGAUAACAGAAAGUCAAGAUCUAGAUCAGCAUCCAGGUCACCAAAAAGGAGACGAUCUCGAUCUGGUUCUAGAACUCGAAGGUCUCGUCAUCGACGUUCUCGAUCUCGGUCCAGAGAUAGACGCCGACAUUCUCCUAGAUCUCGAUCCCAAGAAAGAAGGGAUCGGGAAAAAGAAAGAGAGCGCCGACAAAAAGGCCUUCCUCAAAUCAAACCAGAAACUGCUAGUGUUUGUAGUACUACACUCUGGGUGGGACAGCUGGACAAAAGGACUACUCAGCAGGAUGUUGCCAGUCUUUUAGAAGAGUUUGGUCCAAUUGAAUCAAUUAAUAUGAUUCCUCCCAGAGGUUGUGCCUAUAUUGUUAUGGUUCAUAGGCAAGAUGCUAACCGUGCCCUGCAGAAACUGAGCCGAGGAAACUAUAAAGUGAACCAGAAAUCCAUAAAGAUUGCCUGGGCCUUAAACAAAGGAAUAAAGGCAGAUUAUAAGCAGUAUUGGGAUGUAGAACUUGGUGUUACUUAUAUUCCGUGGGACAAAGUCAAGCCUGAAGAACUGGAGAGUUUUUGUGAAGGAGGAAUGUUGGACAGUGAUACACUUAAUCCAGAUUGGAAAGGAAUUCCCAAAAAGCAUGAAAAUGAAGUUGCUCAAAAUGGAGGGGCAGAAACCUCACACACAGAACCAGUAUCACCCAUACCUAAGCCUUUACCUGUGCCUGUCCCUCCUAUUCCUGUUCCUGCACCUAUAACAGUACCACCUCCACAGGUCCCACCACAUCAGCCGGGACCUCCUGUAGUUGGUGCUCUCCAGCCACCGACUUUCACGCCUCCUUUGGGAAUUCCCCCUCCAGGCUUUGGUCCUGGUGUUCCUCCUCCUCCACCUCCUCCACCAUUUCUGCGCCCAGGAUUCAACCCAAUGCAUUUACCACCAGGUUUUCUUCCUCCUGGACCCCCACCUCCUAUAACUCCACCAGUAUCCAUUCCUCCUCCUCACACUCCACCAAUAAACAUCCCAAACUCUACUAUCGCUGGUAUAAAUGAAGACACUACAAAAGACUUAUCUAUUGGAAAUCCCAUUCCAACAGUGGUGUCUGGGGCUAGAGGAAACGCCGAGUCUGGUGACAGUGUGAAAAUGUAUGGUUCUGCUGUGCCACCUGCUGCACCCACGAAUCUGCCCACCCCUCCUGUAACCCAGCCUGUUUCACUUCUUGGUACUCAAGGAGUAAUUGGGCUCCAAGCCCCAUCCACUGGUCUUCUUGGUGCCCGACCUGGCCUGAUCCCACUCCAGCGCCCGCCAGGAAUGCCUCCACCUCACCUGCCACGCUUUCCUCUGAUGCCGCCUCGCCCCAUGCCUCCGCAUAUGAUGCAUAGAGGUCCGCCACCAGGCCCCGGGGGCUUCGGGAUGCCUCCGCCUCAUGGAAUGAAAGGUCCCUUUCCUCCCCACGGCCCCUUUGUCCGGCCCGGUGGAGUGCCAGGGCUCGGGGGCCCAGGGCCAGGCCCAGGGGGUCCCGAGGACAGAGAUGGAAGGCAGCCGCAGCCGCAGCAGCAGCAGCAGCAGCCGCCGCCGGCACCGCAGGCGCAGCAACAGCCACCGACGCAGCCACCACAGCCGCCGCCGACGCAGCCACAGCCGUUUAGAAACGAUAACAGGCAGCAGUUCACUUCAGGUAGAGACCAAGAAAGGUUUGGAAGAAGAUCUUUUGGAAAUAGGGUGGAAAAUGACCGGGAACGGUAUGGGAACCGUAAUGAUGAUAGAGAGAAUAGUAAUCGUGAAAGGAGAGAGUGGGGAAGAAGGAGCCCUGACCGGGACAGGCACAGAGACUUGGAAGAGAGGAAUAGACGCUCUAGUGGGCAUCGAGACAGAGAGAGAGAUUCUAGAGAUAGAGAGUCUCGUAGAGAGAAGGAGGAAAACCGAGGCAAGGAGAAGCCUGAGGUGACAGACAGGGCAGGUGGUAACAAAACCGUUGAACCUCCCAUUAGCCAAGUGGGAAAUGUAGACACUGUUUCAGAACUUGAUAAGGGGGAGUCUGAGUCUGCAGUUGUAAAACCUUCUGAAGAGUUACCUGCUGAGGCUACCUCAUCCGUUGAACCUGAAAAGGAUUCUGGCUCAGCAGCCGAGGCUCCUCGUUAGAGACUGGAAUUUGUCCACAUGUGACAGUGACACUUCCUGGAGUGUAGAGCUUGAAGUGUACAGAUGCUGUAUUAUACUUGCUCCUGCUAUAUCACAGCCCCGCAGUAGUUGGUGGGGAAUUGUAAGCAAUUUGAUUGCUUCCCUUCUAUUUAAAAAUAGCCACAAAAUAACAAAAAAUACUGAAAAUAUGAAUAAAUAUUACCCUUUUUGCUGUAACUUUUUAAAAGUUUUGACUUUAAAAAGUUUACAAAUCGUAAUUAGAAGUGCUCUCUAUUUUUUUUUUUUAAUUUAAGACAAGGUAACGGUGAAAGCUCCUCAAAAACAAUAGGGAUGUUUUUAAUAAACUCUAUUUUCGUAACAAACUUUAAUGUGUGCUAUUCUUCCUACACUGCAUUAAGGUGGAAAAGGAUUGUUCACCAUCAAAGUUUGAGCUGUUAAUACUGUGCUGGAGUCUAAAUUAGACUUGUAUAUUUGAUGGAAAUAGACAUCUUUAUGUAGUUAGUCUCAAACACUUCAUUUGUAAUAUUUUUUAUUUUUAGCAUUUCAAUCAUAAGGCAAAGGUUAGUGGUUUUAAUGUUAACUGAAAAGCUUGUUUUGGAAUUCAGUCAAGGUCUUCUUUUUUUGCCAUUGACUUUGUGGUAAAUGUUGCCCUAAAUAAUUAAUUGUAAAAAAAAUUUUUCGCUGGGGGAAAAACUGGACCCCAACAUUACCCGUUGUACUAUAAAUUAUCUGAUUGCCUGGGUAUUACUUAUUUAGAAAGAAGGUUGGGUGUUUUUCUUAACCAUCCCAUGAAAUUUUUCAAAAGGGUGAAAGAAAUCAAGGUUAGUAUUUGCAACCUAAGAGCUUAUGGUCUUACCUGUUUAAGGACUUAAAUGCAACCUAUUGUUUCUACAAGCCUCGCCUGUUGCCUUUCUUUACCAUUUUUUAAAGUCCCCUGCUGGGCAGAGGUAAACUGAACUUUUUGCCACUUACAAAGUACUUUCUCUCUUUUCCUUAAAAUUGUUGGGUUAACUAGGAAAAAUAGUCGUAGGUUAUCCAAGAGCUAUUACAUGAACACAUCCAAAGCCAAAUCAAACCUAUACCUGAAAUAGUAAAGAAAAGCAGUUACAUAAAGCUGCUUACCUAGUGCCAAGGAAAAGACCGUUAACAUAAUCCUAGUACUUUCGGCCUUGAAGCUUUUUUCUUCUUAAAUCACAUUUUUAAACUGUCAUUGUUUCAGUGUGCGUAAGAUAACUUUUUUCUUUACCCUCAUCCCCAGGCGAGAAGCUGCUUUAUUACUUUGGUUUUGAGUUCUCUGCAGCAAGACCUUUGUUUGUUUUGAUGGGGGGAAAAUGUAUUUAUCUAGGGCAGUGUUCUUGAGUCCCUGCCUUUGGAAAGUAAGAGAAAAUCCGGUUUCAUAUAUGCAGAUUUGAGUUAUAAAAUUUAUCCUGUUUUAUGUUGGCCCACUGAGAAGUUUAAAAGUCCCAGCUGAAACUGCUUUUGGAAAUAAAAAUACACCUGACUGAUUAGUGUUCAGAUUUCAAGGACUCGCAGCCCUGUAUUUCCAAUUGAAAGUAUUAA